AUGUUGAAAAAAAUAACUUUUCUUUUUUAUAUUCAAGUUUUGGUUUUAUAUUCAUUUCUAUCAGUCGAAGCAAUCAAUCUAAGUCCCUGCGCUAAAUGGAAUACCACGGGAAUUACGAUAUUCGGAAGUAAUUCAAAAGGCAAUGGUUCUAAUGAACUUAGCCUACCACAAGGAAUGUUUCUUCAUGAGAAAACGAAUAUGUUAUAUGUUGUUGAUACUGAUAAUAGACGUAUUCAAAUGUUUUCACUCAAUCAAACAUCAACAACAGGUAUUACGGUAGCAUCGAAUAUAAAUUCAAUGUAUGCUGUCUAUGUCGAUGAUGAUGAAAUGACUAUGUAUAUAGCACUUCGAUUUGAAAAUCGUGUAGAAAAAUGGAUAAAAGGUGCAUUAGAAGGUGAACAAAUAGGUAAUCAAUGUAAACAAUGUCGCAAUGUAUGGCUUGAUAAAGACAAAAAUGUUUAUAUGACUGAAUCAGGAACACAUUCAAUAUUAAAAUGGUCACCAAAGACAAAUACUAGUAUAACGAUUUCUGGUCGAAUAGAUGAACAAGGACAUACAACUGAUCGUCUUUAUUUUCCUACUCAUGUCUAUUUUAAUCAAGCAAAUGAUGUAUGGUAUAUUGCUGAUACAUUAAACCAUCGCAUUCAAAAAUGGAAUAAUAACUCAAAAGAAGGAAUCACUGUAGCUGGUUCAAAAGACGGUGUUGGCGGUGAUAAUGCUGCAUCAUUAGCAAAUCCAUUAUAUGUAUGGGUUGAUGAACAAUCCAGUGUUAUCUAUAUUGUUGAUAGCGAUAACGAUCGGGUUCAACGAUGGUUACCAAAUGAACUCUUUGGUAGUACGAUUGUUGGUGGAACAGGAGCAGGUAGUAAAAGUAACCAAUUAAAACAACCCACUUCUUUAGUAUUCGAUAAACUUGGAAAUCUUUAUGUUUGUGACAGUAAAAAUCAUCGUAUACAAAUGUAUGCCUUAAUUGAUAAUCAACCAUGUUCAAAAAAUCAUUCUUAUUCUCUCUUUACAAAAACAAAUAAUAUAAACAUCGUCAUACUCUUAUCAUGGAUUAUUUCAAUCGGUUCAAGAUUGAUCUAA